AUGACCAACCACGCCAACGCAACUGUCACCUAUGGCCGUGGUGGCGCCGGCAACGUCACCACCAAGACUAAACACUCGCCGUCUUUCGAACCUCAGACCACUCCUUCUUUAAAAUCCAAGACGUACACCACCGGACGAGGCGGGACUGGCAACAUGGCCAAGAACGACUUUGAGCACCCAGAGGAAGCCCGCCGCGCCCAAGAUGUCGAUGUACCCGCAAUUACAAUUCCGGAGGGCGUCCACCACACCGGCAGAGGUGGUGCCGCCAACCUGUACAAGCCCACCGAGGAAGAACAACGCAAAGCUCGCGCACACAACGAGAAAGUGCGAUCCGACUCCUUCAACAAAGAACGCAGCACUAUCCGCUCACUAGCCGAGAAGACAAAGGAAACCUUGACCGGCAGUCAUAGCGAUGAUAAAUGA